UAACUUAUCUCUUAAUUAUCUUUCUUUAGAAAAUUAAUAUAAUUUCGUACAUUAAUAUAUAUUUAUAUAAAUAAAAGACCAUUCAACUCUUUGUCUCCUCCCCCUCCUUCACUUGCUCUACUAGUUCUUAGAUGCUUUAAGAUCUCUCUAUCUAUCUCUCUCUCUCUCUCAAUCUUUGUUUUUCUCUCUUAUAACCAAAAAAAAAGAAAAAGAAAAUGAAUAUCUCUCAAAACCCUAGCCCUAAUUUCACGUUCUUCUCCGAUGAAAGCUUUAUUAAUAAUCCUUUUAUGGAUAACUUUGAUUUCUCCAAUUUGAUGUUCGAUGUUGACGAAGGAGGCAAUAAUAGAUUGAUCCAGGAGGAAACUUCAUCUCCGACAAGCAUCGUUUCGGAGACAUUCACCGGAGAAAGCGGUGGAUCCGGCAGCGCAAUAACGACGUUAAGUAAAAAGGAAUCAACGGGAAGUAAAGAUGGUGAGGCGAAGGACAUGGGUCAUAGAGUUGCAUUUAGAACGAGAUCAAAGAUUGAUGUGAUGGAUGAUGGUUAUAAAUGGAGGAAAUAUGGGAAGAAAUCUGUCAAGAACAACACUAACAAGAGGAAUUACUACAAAUGCUCAAGUGAAGGUUGCAUGGUGAAGAAGAGAGUAGAGAGAGAUAGUGAAGAUGCAGCUUAUGUGAUUACAACCUAUGAAGGAGUCCACAACCAUGAGAGUCCGUCACAUGUCUAUUACAAUGACAUGGUUUUGUCUUAUGAUCAUGAUAAUUGGAACCAACACUCUCUUCUUCAAUCUGUCCACUUAUCUCCUCCAUCAUGAGAUUGUUAGAUACAUACUACCAUCAUUGUAAUAUCAAUGCAUCGCCUUGUGUAAUUUUAUAGGUAUAAUAAAGAAUUUAAUUAUUUCGCGGUUAUAAUUGUUUGAUAUAUGUGUAUAUGACGAAACUGUUUGUAGUUAUUUAGAUAUCAAUAUUAGUGUAUAGUUGCAAAUUUGCAGUAUCAUGAAGGAGUCC